AUGUCAGACCUCCCAUUGGACCUGCUCCUUAAGAUCCUUUUACUUCUGCAGCCCAAGGAUAUGAUCCGAUGCAUGUGUGUUUCCAAAGUUUGGAAUUCUUCUAUCCGCAACCAGCGGUUCAUCACCAUCAAAUCCAACUUUUGUCGCACCAUUAUACUUAAUCUGUAUGAUCCCAUGCAUUUCUUGUCGUUGCCUUUGUACGACAAUGAGACGUUGGGGACUGCGGUGAAAAUUGCACGGCCGCCGUUGGAACAAUCUUGUGAUAGCAUAUUGGGCUACUCUAAUGGCUUGUUAUGCAUUGAACACACCUAUGACAACAAUAGAGCUUUUGCUUUGUGGAACCCGUCCAUUCAAAAGUUCAAGAUGAUUCCUUGUACAACCACCUCUGAGCCGCACCACCAGCAGCCAUCGGAGAUGAACGACAAACUGAAGAAGCAAGGGCACUGUGGAUUCGGGUAUGAUUCAGCUAAUGAUGAAUAUAAACUUGUGGAAAUUGUGGAGUUUUGUAGUAUAGAUAAACGGCGUUCCACUAGAUCUGUUUGUGGAAAUUGUGUAUACGAGGAUAGGGUUGUUGCUAGUUAUGAAGUGAAUGUUUAUAGCCUGAAAUCCAACGCGUGGAAAAGGAUCCAAAGCAUGCCUCCUCGCAAUGGCUUUCGACUUCCUCCAUUACAAUCAGUGGCCGUGUGUUUGAACAGUGCCUUAAGUUGGAAGAUGGAUUGCCAUUUAGAUGACGAUCGUCCAGGCAUGAUUCUAACUCUUGAUCUUGCCAGUGAGAAAUAUCGCGAGUUUCCCAUCCCAAUCCGUGGGCACGAGGAUGAGAUUUCUUUGGGUUUGCUGGGAGGCUAUUUAUGUAUUUGUCAUCGUAAUUUUGAGGUUUCAGACUUUCAAAUUGAUGUUUGGAUUAUGAAGGAAUAUGGAGUGACGGGAUCUUGGAACCUGCUUUGUUCUGUUGAGAAGUCUGUUGACUCCCACAUCAAACCUUUGGUAUUUUCCAAGAAUGGCGACAUGGUACUUUUUGAGAUGGACUGUGACCAGCUUGUUUGGUUUGAUUUAGAGAAAAACAGUGCGAAAGUUGAAUUCUGUCGUAAGCCCGAUGACUUUGAGGUAAUUGUUUUUGAAGGUGGGGGCUCGGGGAGCCUUUGUGUUCUUCUUGAUGGUGAUCCUGUAAUUGUUGGGAGGCAGCAACAACUGUGUUCGACCUCUGAGAAAGAAGAAACUUUCAAUAUUGAAGGUGUUCCAUCACAUAUGCUAGCAUUGGUUAUAGUCAGUUUGUUAGUUACAAACUUUGAUUCAACUAAAUGUAUAUUGCCUUGCGGACUUUGA